CUACCAAAUACCAAAAACAGCACGAAACAACACUACGAGCAUCACAACACUGUUCAUAGUAAACUGACGGACGAGUUGCCACCACCGCUUUCACAAGUAAUCCCAAAAAAAAACAGACCUAAUAUACAAUGAGUAUGCACGUCAUCAAACGGGAUGGUCGCAUGGAAUCUGUCCAUUUCGACAAGAUCACCAGUCGCAUCGACAAGCUUGCGUUCGGCUUGGACACCAAGGUAAGGGAUCAUAUUGUCAAUGCGUUGCCGCUGCCUAUCCAGUGCGAUCAUGGCGCAAWACACAUUYGCUACAGAUUCAUCUUGUCGACUGCAAGAGAGAAAAUGAUUCACAACGUUCGAAUUCAGAAAUGCCGCUAGGUGACCACCCGUUCUCGCUGAUCCACUUUUUYCACAUUUUUCAUGCCACCCCUCCACAGCACGUAGAACCUCCUCUUGUUGCGCAGAAAGUAAUUCAAGGUGUAUAUCCAGGCGUCACGACCUGUGAACUCGACGAGUAAGUCAAAAUAGCAGUGCAAACGCUGGUGUUGAAAUUGAAAUUUAUCGAUAUACAUYUGUCGAUUCGUUUUGUCUCACAUCGUUUAUUGUAAACAUUUAAUUUUGGUUGGCUUWUUUKAAUCAUGGUUCUCGUUGUCCCGUCUGAUGCCAUAGACUUGCCGCUCAGACUGCCGCUUCGUUUGCAACACAGCAUCCCGACUACUCCAUCCUCGCGGCACGAAUCUCCGUGUCAAACCUACAAAAAUCCACCUGUGAGGUCUUUUCGGAACUUACCGAARCCCUCUACAACUACAUCCAUCCUACCACCGGAAAGGCGGGUCCGCUCGUCUCGAAAGAAUAUYACGAGACGGUCAUGAAACAYAAGGAUGUCUUGGACAAUGCCAUCAACCACGACAACGAUUUCGAGUACGAUUACUUUGGUUUUAAAACCCUCGAGAAGUCCUACUUGCUYAAGCUCAAUGGCAAGAUCGCAGAACGACCACAGUGCAUGUUGAUGCGCGUCGCCGUUGGAAUUCACGGAGAUGAUAUCGAGCGGGUCUUGGAGACCUAUAAAGGCCUCUCGGAACGAUACUUCACCCAUGCCACACCGACCCUCUUCAACGCCGGAACCAACAACCCUCAGAUGUCCUCUUGUUUUCUGUUGACAAUGAAGGAAGACUCCAUCGAUGGCAUCUACGACACACUCAAGAGCUGCGCCGUGAUUUCGAAGUACGCAGGUGGAAUUGGUCUGGCAACCCACAACAUUCGUGCCAGUAAAUCCUACAUUCGUGGAACCAACGGUACAUCCAAUGGCAUCGUCCCCAUGUUGCGUGUCUUCAACAACACCGCCMGAUACGUCGAUCAGGGUGGAGGCAAGCGCAAGGGAAGCAUUGCCAUUUACUUGGAGCCCUGGCACGCAGAUAUCUUUGCCUUUUUAGAUCUUCGCAAAAACCACGGGAACGAAGCCGAUCGCGCACGUGAUUUGUUUUACUCUCUCUGGAUCCCUGACCUGUUCAUGGAACGUGUCAAGGCCAACGGGACAUGGACGUUGAUGUGUCCCGACGAGUGCCCCGGUCUCCCCGAUUGCCACGGACARGAGUUCAAGGAAUUGUACGAAAAGUACGAGAAAGAAGGCAAGGGUCGCCAAACAAUUCAGGCGCAGCAGCUCUGGUUCGCAAUCUUGGACUCGCAGGUCGAAACAGGAACCCCUUACAUGGUGUACAAGGAUCACUGCAACAACAAGUCGAAUCAACAAAACUUGGGAACCAUUCGUUGUUCGAACCUAUGUACCGAGAUUGUUCAGUACACUUCUCCAGAGGAAACUGCCGUUUGCAACCUUGCCAGCAUCAGUCUCUCCAAGUUGGUACGACCUCUCACCAACAAUGGCCCACUCAUUUUCGACUUCGAAAAGCUUCGACAGGUUGCGAUGAUUUUGACCAGAAACCUGAAUAGAGUCAUCGACCGCAAUUUCUACCCUAUUCCCGAAGCCAAAUACUCGAACAUGAAGCACCGUCCAAUUGGUCUUGGUGUUCAGGGAUUGGCAGAUGCUUUUGCCAUGCUCAAGCUCCCCUUCGACUCUCCCGAGGCAGCUCAAUUAAACCGCGACAUUUUUGAGACCAUUUACUUCGGUGCCUGUACUGCGAGUUGCGAUCUUGCGAAAACUGAGGGACACUACGAGAGUUAUCCCGGGUCUCCCGUGAGCCAGGGAAAACUACAAUUUGACUUGUGGGGCGUYACACCCAGCGAUCGUUGGRACUGGGCCAAAUUGAAGGCAGAGAUUGCCGAGCACGGAAUGAGGAACUCCCUGUUGGUAGCUCCAAUGCCCACCGCAUCCACCGCCCAGAUAUUGGGUAACAACGAAAGUACCGAGCCAUUUACCUCCAAUAUCUACAACCGACGUGUUUUGGCAGGAGAGUUUACGAUUGUCAACAAGCACUUGUUGCGCGAUCUGACCUCGCUUGGUAUUUGGAACGAGUCACUCCGCAACCGCCUCAUCGCUGACCGUGGAUCGGUGCAGAAGAUCGAAGAAAUUCCCAAGAAACUCCGAGAUGUGUACAAGACUGUCUGGGAGGUUCCACAACGAAUCAUUCUCGACUUGGCUGCCGAUCGUUCCCCCUUUAUCUGCCAGAGCCAGAGUCUGAAUGUUCACAUUGCCGAUCCUUCGUCGAAGAAGUUGACCUCCAUGCAUUUCUAUGCGUGGAAGAAGGGACUGAAGACCGGAAUGUACUACCUACGAUCUCGACCCAAGGCCGAUGCAAUUCAAUUUACGGUUGAUCAAGAGAAGCUCGCAGCUGAUACAAAGAAGAAGGCUAACAUUUCGAGCGACAAGGAAAAUAAGAAAAAAGUUUCCAACAUCCCCCCUAUGGAAUCUCUGAAGAAGAAGAAGCCCAUGGUGGAAGCCAAGCCCUUGGUGGACAGUGCAACAUUGGGUCAAGCCGAGGAAGAGGAAGUCUGUCUGAACUGUGGUGCCUAAGUGGAUCUUUUACUGUAAAGGAUCGGGGGACUACAGUCAUUAACAUCUCUGAGUACUUCGCUGGCGGCCAUCAUAAAGGGAAUUGAUGUAGGAUUCGAGUCAGCUUUUUGUGAAUGAAAUAAGACUUGUGUAUUUAAUAUUAAUAAUUAAAAGUUUGAAGA